CUUCUUCCUUCCUCGGCCGGAAAUGACGCGGAUAUGGCGGCGACCUUGCAAAGCGUGGAGUCCGUAACAAUUUAAUCAGAAAAACACGUACAGUGCAGAUAUAUGGACCACAUAAAGUAAUAGUUUCGUGUUUAUAGUUCGUAUUUCAACGUUAGCGUCAUGAAUUACCUCCUUAAAGCGGUUGUCGGCGGAUUGAACGGUGUCUGUGGAGCCCAUGGUCACCAACAAGGUUCUUUGCACAGCUGUUUGAAAAUUAUCACCGCAGGGAUGAAGACAUAUGUAAUCCCUCCAGACUACAGUGAUGUGGUGCUGCCGGAAAAACCCAAGUUGAAGUUUAUGAACAAGGCGCCUAACUUUAAAAACCCCAAGAAAAUGUUCAGGAGACUUCGGGAUAUCCAAGGCCCAACUAAGGGAGGACAGAACUUCACUACCGGACAAUAUGGUAUUGUGGCUUUCGGUGGGGGAUACCUCCAUUUUGGUCACAUAGAGAUGAUGCGUCUUACCAUCAAUCGUAAAAUGGAUGCCAGGACGACCUUUGCCAAGUGGCGCUUUAAUCCUCCGAAUAAGCCCAUCACACGGAAAAGCCUGGGCCACCGCAUGGGUGGGGGCAAAGGAGCCAUCGACCAUUAUGUGACGCCAAUUCGUAGCGGCCGUUUGAUUGUGGAGGUGGGCGGAAAGGUGGAGCUGGCGGAGGUGGAGAGCAUUUUGACUGAAGUGGCAAAGAAGCUGCCCUUCCCUGCCAAGGUUGUGAGCCGAGAGAGCUUGGCAGCCAUGAGACAGGAGCAGGCGGAAAGGGAGCAGAACAACCAGAAUCCUUGGACCUUUAAACGUAUAGCGCAGGGCAACAUGCUGGGUAUCAGAAGAGUGCUCAGCCCCUUAGACCUGCGCCACCAAGGACGCUUCACGGGCAAAUUCUACUUCCCAGACAGGGUGUGAAGAAAUGAAAGGACAAUAACUCUCAGUCAUAUUUGUGCAUCUUCCUCCUUCUUCUUCUUCUUAUUCUUCUUUUUUUUAAUUGGUUAAGUUGACAUUUUGUGAAAGAGAUUUGUUUUGUCUCGUCUCUGCUUAUAAAAAAUAUAUGCUGUAUAUCAGUUUUGCUUGAGGCUCAAGUUAUUAAAGCAUAUAUGAAGCA